AUGGCGGACCACGUGGAGAGGAAGAAGUCGUACCGCUGGGUGAGUGCGUCGCAGGCCUCUUAUGAUGGCUCUGGCUGGGAUAGCAGCGAUGAAAACACUUCAGAUGAAGGGAAUGAUCGCAGGGAGACAAUGGUUUCAAGAAAAGGUACCAUUGCGAAGUUGCCAAACCUACCCAAAUUAGCUUAUAUGGAUACCGAUGCCAGAGAUACCUUGAAGGAUGGAAAUGAUGGAAUUGUGGGUGCUGAUGAAGCUGUUGAGCCAAAAAGUGAAAUUGUCUCACAAGAGCUUAAAUCUCCGCAGUUACCAUUGCAACAACAGGUACCUUUUGAAGAGAGCAGUGGCUCUUUAGAGACUCCAAGAUUACGGAAAACCUCAUCAAAUACUAGUUCUAAGGGCUCGAUGCAGACUAGAAGGACUCCCGUUAAUGAAGGAUUGGAAAACCUGAUGGUACAAAUUUCCAAAGAGAUGUCUCCGGACAUAAAUCACAGUAAGGUACUAGGAAAGUUUGAAAGCGUUGAUCAAGAACUAGACAAGGCUGAUUAUGAGAACGAUGAUGAGAUUCCUAUGAUUAAAGGAGUGGAAAGCGGUUCUAAAGAAGAUCAAACUCAAGAUAAACAAGAUGACAAAGACAGCAACACAAGAAUAUUUGUAAAAAAUGAGACCGGAGAAAAGGAAUUGAGUGAUAGCGAGGCCAACGGCGACGAAGCCGAUAGCGACGUGGUAAGUGGCUAUGAAGUCAGUGACGAUGCGCAAUAUGAAGUUUCAAAGAGUGGAUAUUUUUCUAACCUUAUUGAGCCUGACGAUGGGAACGAUGAAGAAAAAGAUUAUGUUGUAAGUGGGAAUACGUCAGAUCAUAUGACCCGUGAUUCAGAAUCGGAAGAACAAGACGCAUCUCCCUCUGAGGAUGACAGCGACGAAUACAAAAAGAACAACCAAGAGGACAAUAGUUAUGAUAAUACGAACAUACAAGAUAAAAGAAUAGUUGAUGAGCCCUAUACAAGAACGUCAGUGGAGCCGGAGGAAAGUUUUUGCACGCCUCCUUUAUCCGCACCACAUAUUACUCAAGGCAGUAAUGACAUUAAUGAUGCAGAAAAUGAUGGGGAAGAGAAACCUGUGAUAGAAAUACAGCAGAAGACAGCUAGUGAUGAUGAGCGAAAAUAUUCGCCUUCUAUUAACGAUAGCUUUUCACAGACGAGACAAUCAUCUUAUGAUGAUUAUUCGUCGGAUGACGGUGGUGACGAUCUUUCGUACACCGAUUCUAUAAAAUACAGGGCAGUGAAGUCUGAAAGUGAACAUGAAUUGCGUUCGGACGCAGGUCAUAGAAAUCAUAACAAUAGUUGGAGAUCAGAAACUUCUGAUAAAGAAAGUCAAAUAGAGGACCAUGAAGAGGGCCAUGAAGAGGGCAGCGAUGAGGAUGCAAUGAAAGUAUCAAAAUCUGGGUACUUUAACAAAAUGAUAAGUGAUGAGGAGGAGGAGGAGGAGGAUGAUGAUUCACAUGGAAAAAAUGGAGAUGAUAAUGAAAAGAACGGCGAUGUCGAUACUCUGUCGAGCUCCGCUAUGGAGCAAGCUUCUCCAGAUAAUACUAACUCUCGUAAUGAAAAACAUUUCCGAGCUAAUUCUGCGACGCAAAGUGAUGUCCAAGAGAUCACCGAGAAAGUUACAACUGAGAAUGAUGUUAUCGCGAAUAAUAUUACUGAAAAUGAUGUCGCUGAGAAAGGAAUUUCUGAGAAAGACAUCAUUGAAAAAAGUGUCUCUGAAAAAAGUAUAACCGAGAGAGAUAUUGUCAAGAAGGAUACUGAUAAAGAAAUCAUUGAAAAGGACUACGAUACAGGUGAAGAGACAAGUCCAAUAAACACACGUCAGUCAGUCAACCUUGGCAAAUGGAGGCCAAACACUGAAGCUUUUAGAAAUGGUUUUUUAGAAGACAGUUCAAAUAGAGCCGCCCCACCUGGAUACGUUUACGAUGAAAAUGGUAAAUUGAUAGAUCUAACACCUUCUAGCAUGAAACCACGUAUUCCCUCCGCUUACAGUGAAGUCGAGAGCUCGUGGGAUGCAUUCCCUUCGGAAGACACAGAAGCCGAUAUGGAAACUAUAAGAGAUACGAGGACAAUAUAUGACAACCAUACUGUAUUCAAUGUACCGGGGUUGAUUGCAAAUAAUCAAAGUGCACCACCACUUCCGGAGUAUGCAGCUGAAAUGAGCCAUAAUGACAGUUCCGACGAUCCAAAGUCUUUAGGAACCUCUCUUACCACAAGUUCUCUAGAAGGGGAUUCUGGUCCUCCUCAAACUCAUUUCAAGGAAGUUUUUAGCUUGCAAGUCCCUGAUUCAAAGGAGAUAGCAAAGAUUUCACAGAAAAAUAAGGUGCCGUCUAUGGACAUCAAUAAGAUGCUCAAUAGCAACAUAUCACACGAGCAGAAAAUUCAACAGCUGCGAGACCACUGGAAGGAAUCACAGCAUUACGAUACGGGAAUACAAACUUGGCUAAGCUAUAGUCUCAAAUCUUCGUCAAAAUCUGAUAAAGACUACCUUUUCGAAGAGUACAAAGUUAGCAACCAUGUUAGAGACGCAUACGCACAUGCUGACGAACUGAACAGAAAACAUUCCGUAAUAAAUACUGUUGCCAGCGUAAAUCAAAAUAUGACACAUUUAACAAAAAAAGUGAUAUUACAAUCCAGAAAAUCAAGAGGUCUAUUCUCUUCAAUAGGAAAGAAAAAACUUUAA